AAUAUUUCCUAUUUAAAUAAAUAAAUAUUUAGUCAGAGUUAAACAUUUAACUAUUUAACUUAAUUUUUUAAUAUAUAAUUACAGAACAAUUUGGAAACCAAACCAUAUGGAAUUUUGCACUACCUGGACAGGGCAGUGUAAAUGACCAUGGCAGACCCGAUCUCAUUUGAAAGCUUUCCAGCAUCUUUAUUAACACAAGGUUGCUGAAACAGAACACUCAACAGUCUCCCACUGCCAGCUGUACGCAUCACCAAAAAUGACAGAAAAAAACAAAAAAACAAAAACAAAAGAAACACUGGAAAGAACAGCUUUUUAUGCCGGCGAGGCGUGAUUAUAGGUGCUGCGCAGAUGCGUCCAUCUCGCCUGCAGCAGCAUCACAGACCACGACCCGCCACAGGCAGUCUACUGAUAAUUAGGUUAUAAUUAAAACAAUUAAUGGUUUAUCUACAUGCAACCCUGAUACUGAGUGGUGUGUGUGUGUCCUCCAGUGUUUCUGAAUGUCAGUCCAAACCGGCCUCAGUUCUUCUCAGGAGAGUCUGUGACUCUGACCUGUGAGGGGGUUCACAGCCCUGAUGGUUGGACCCUGAAGAGAAGAAAUUACAAAGAAAUAACGAGCUGUGGUGAAGACUUUUGCCAGUUUGAUGGUUCCUCAUGCAUCAUCUCAGAUCUGAAAGCGAUGUCACCUUACUGGUGUGAGGACAGAUCAGGACAGAAGAGUGACGAGCUCAACAUCUAUGUAUCAGAUCACGUGAUCCUAGAAAUGCCUGCUCUGCCAGUGAUGGCAGGAAGUAAUGUCACUUUGAGCUGCAGACCUCGUUAUGACAGUUACAGAGUCCGCUCCAUCGACAGGGAGAGUGAGUCUCACAGGGAGAGCUUCUCUGAAGUCCACACCAUCUACACUGUGCAAAAGUCAGAUGAAGGCGUCUACAGCUGCAGUGUAAUCUACACUAAUAUGGUGAUGGUAUCAGGUUAUAGCAGGCUGACUGUUGCAGGUAUUUAAAGCUAACAGCUGCACCUGUUUCUGAUUGAGUGACAGCUCGUGCUGAAGUAGAGUGUUGACCUUCCAGUAUUUAGCACCUCAAUGUGACUGAACAACACGU